CACCACAGGGACCCCAUGAUCGCCUGGGAUCUAACAACAAGCACGUGUGUUAAUUUCAAGAUGUUGAUUUCUCUCCCAAAAGCUCUUCUCGUGUGUAUUCCCGCGGCUGUUGCCUCCUCUAUCGCUCUGUUGUACUGGUACAAGACCCGUGAGAGGAAGUAUCGUCCCGCGGGUCAUGUCUCGGGACUUUAUAUCUACCCGAUCAAGUCUUGCAAGGGAAUCCCGCUAGACUCCGCGCUUUGUCUUAGACAAGGUCUACACUUAGACAGACGAUGGAUUAUUUUGAAUGAGAAGGGGAACUUCAUGAGUCAACGUGAAACACCAUCACUCACUCUUGUUACUCCGCAUAUUGAGGCUGACAUGAAGACACUUUGUGUUAAUGCCCCGGGUAUGGAGACACUAAGGUUAACACUGCCGCUAGAGUCAGAGGAGACUAGAAACAUUGAUGUAUUUGGUCUUGUUGGAGAGGGCCAGUGUGCUGGUGAUAAGGCUGCUGCCUGGUUCUCCAAGUUUUUGAAUAGACCUAGCUGUAAACUCUUCUAUAUGACAAAGCCACGUUACCUAGCUACGAGUGAAAGCUGGGGCACGGAAAUGCGUCAAGAUGAUACAGCUGGUUUUGGAGAUUUUUCCCCAUUGCUGGUAGUAACCAUGGAAACCUUAAUAGCCCUGAACAAGGAAUUGGACUCACCCGUAUCUAUUCGUAGAUUUCGACCAAACAUCAUAAUAAGUGGAGUGCCAGCAUGUGCAGAGGAUGAAUGGACAUUAUUAAAGAUUGGGGAUGUAUACAUAAGAAAGUUGUUGGCAUGUGGUAGAUGUACAAUGACAACAGUUGAUCCUGACAAGGGUGCGAAAACAGGGAAAGAACCUCUUGCAACACUGAGGAGGACACGGAUGCCAGCAAGCCGAGACAAGCGCUACGGGAACUCUCCGUUCUUCGGGAUACACGCUAUUGCGGAUAGCGAGGGAGAUAUUCGGAAUUCGGCAGAGCUCGUGCUCGAUUUCGGUUUUAAUCUAAUGUCUGCUCUCCCAAAAGCUCUUCUCGUGUGUGUCCCCGCGGCUGUUGCCUCCUCUAUCGCUCUGUUGUACUGGUACAAGACCCGUAAGAGAGCGUUUCGUCCUUCGGGUCAUGUCUCGGGACUGUAUAUCUACCCGAUCAAGUCUUGCAAAGGAAUCCCGCUAGACUCCGCGCUGUGCCUUACUGAGGGAUUACAGUACGACAGACGAUGGGUCAUUGUGAAUGACAAGAAUGUAGUUUUGACACAACGCCAGUACCCAUCACUGGCUCUUGUGAGCCCGCGGCUGGAGGAAGGUGGUCAGAUGUUGUGCGUGGAUGCUCCUGGUAUGAGCACUCUGAAUGUCAGGCUUCCACUGACCACAAGCGACCACAGAAACAUUGAAGUGUUUGGUCUUGUUGGAGAGGGCCGGUCAGCCGGAGCAGAAGCUUCUGUCUGGUUCUCUAAAUACCUCGAGAAGCCCGGAUGUAAGCUUUUCUACAUGACAAGACCACGUUUCCUACAGGAUGAUAAGGACUGGGGCGAGGAGUGCUUACCGGAAGACAAGGCAAGUUUUGGAGAUUUUGCACCAUUGCUGGUGGUAACCAUGGAAACCUUAAUAGCCCUGAACAAGGAAUUGGACUCACCUGUAUCUAUCCGUAGAUUUCGACCGAACAUCAUAAUAAGUGGAGUGCCAGCAUGUGCAGAGGAUAACUGGAAGCUAAUCAACAUUCGCGAUGUGCAAAUACGAAAAAUCAAGAACUGUGACAGAUGCGUAUUGACAACUGUUGAUCCGGACCUCGGAAAGAAGUCUGGUAACGAGCCAUUGGCUACUCUUAAAAGGACGCGAAUGCCUGCUGACCGUGAUCCGAGGUACGGAGACUCGCCUUUCUUUGGCAUCCACACCGUGGUGGAUAACACGGGUAACAUCCAGGUUGGGGACCCUGUGGAGGCUAGGUGCUAGGCACAAUCGACAUGCACGAGCUUAUCAUAAGGCGAAUAUGAUAAAAGUAAAUGCGAAUUUGAUAUAAACAUAUAACGUAAACGUUUGAUCAUAACAUAAACCCCCCAAAAAAGGCGGCAGUCUAGUGGUAGGUGUAAUAAUAACAGAAACAAUAAAUCAACACAAAGUUGAA